AUGGCUACUGAGGCCAUUGCAGCGGUAACAGCUGUUAUCCUACAGAAACUACUUUCCCCAAUUCCAGAAGUAUCUACAACAAAGGUACUAUCUUCUUACAUAAUUGUGAAUGUCGGGUUAUUGCUGUAUAUACUCAAAGCUGGGAGUGAAAGUACAUUAUCAGUGGAAAGUGGACCGAAUAUUCCGCGGCUUAACGCCAUAUUUUUGUCCACGGCAAUAGUGUCGACAGCUGUCCAUCGAUUGUUCUUCUCCCCUCUUUCUUCUUUUCCAGGCCCCAAGUUAGCAGCUCUGUCGAAGCUGUGGGGAGCCAAUGAAGCUCGGCACGGGCGAACUACUGAGACUCUCAGGGCUCUUCACAAGAAAUACAAUGCUGAGAUUAUUCGCACCGGACCCAACGAGGUUUCCAUCAAUAAUGCGGACGCAAUUUCCAAAAUCUUUCGAGGGAAGUAUCCUCGGGGUUCCUUCUACGAACUCCGGGCUACCAAUGGUGAACUGAACAUAAACACAACCAGGGAUUAUGCUAAACACGGUCCGUGGCGCAAAGCAUGGGAGAAAGCAUUUUCAAAAAGGGAAUUUCCAAAUUAUCACCGGUCCAUUGAAUAUCAUGUCGCAAAACUUGUAAAUUUGAUAAAGAACAAAUCCUCCGAGUCGGGGGGUGUCGAAUUCUCAGGACUAAUGAUUGGUGUCUUAUAUGAUAUCAUGAUGGACAUUGGUCUCGGAAAAGAUUCGGGCGUACAGGAUGGGCGAACACAUCCAUUUUUCGUCCAAUUCAUUCAUAAAUAUUUACGGGCAGUAGCUAUCCUUAGCAACCUUCGCAAUCUUGGUGAAAUAUUUGCCUGUCUACCAAAUAUUCCGGAUGUGAAACGCCUCCGAGCCAGAGCAACAGAGUUAGUAUCUGAGAGAAGCGCCAAAGCAGCAACCCAAAAGGACAUGUUCGAGCAUCUUCUUAACCCAAGCCCUGACAUGGGGGUGAAGUUUACUCCGGACGAUCUCACAUCAAACUUGAUUCUGCUCAUGGCUGGUGGCAUUGAUACAGUAUCAGUAGCAACAGCUCAAACAAUCUGGUUCUUGGUCAAGGACCCCCCACGUCCAAGAGAAGCUGAGGGUGGAAAUAGACAUGGUGUUCUACCAUACUUGAAUGGUGUCGUCAAUGAAGGUCUUCGGCUAGGAAACCCGGUUCCGGGUGGAGCUUAUGCAGUCACACCAGCGGAGGGUCUUGAAUUGGGGAGUUCAUAUAUUCCCGGCCAUGUCGAAGUCAAGAUUUCUGUGGACAUCCUCAUGUCUGAUCCCCGUUAUUUUCCCCAGGGUGAAUGCUUUAUACCCGAGCGGUGGACGGAGGAGUCACCAGAGCUGAUUCUCGAUCGUCGAGCUUACAUUCCGUUUGGGACUGGUCAUCAUUCGUGUCCUGGGAGACAAGUUGCGUUGAACGAGAUGAGACUUAUUCUUGCGAGACUUGUGAGGGAAUUUAACAUCUUGCCCUUCGAGGGUUAUGAUGAAAAAAGGUUUCUCGAGGAGCGCAAGGAUUAUUUACCAGUCCAGCUGAAAUCACUAUGGGUGAAUUUUGUGCCAAGGGGGAAAAUGGACUUAAUGGUCGUUCGAUAUGGCCGUUCGAUCUAA